AUGGGAAAUUACAUACAAAGCUUCCUAACAAACAGAACAGCGAGAGUAUUCAUAGACGGUAAAUACUCGGCACCCCAAGUCAUACAUGACGGAGUACCUCAAGGUUCGGUGAUAGCUCCAACGCUUUUCCUGAUCGGCUUACAAUCCGUUUUUAGGAUCGUGCCUGAAGAUACCGAAAUAUUGGCCUACGCUGACGACCUCAUCUUAAUAUCAUCCUCUCCAUACUCCCGCAUUGCUCGGAAAAAGCUUCAACUAGCCGUCGACAAGAUUUCCACCUGGGCCCCUACAGUUGGAUUCACCUUUGCACCGGAAAAAUCCAAACUGAUGCACCUAGGUCCUCAUAGAAAAAGAUUGCGUAAGAUCCCUCCGCUGAAAAUGCAGAACAAGAACAUUCCCCUGGUUCGGUCAGCCCGAAUUCUUGGGGUCUGGAUAGACGACCAACUUCGUUUCACCAAACACAUCAACUGCGUCCGUAACGCCGCCAAAAGAAAGCUGAAUAUUCUCAAAAAACUCUGCUGCUCGAACUGGGCGGGAUCUCGCUCAUCAUUACAUCUUUUUGUCCACGGAUGGUUGCUACCAACAAUUCUCCAUGGAGUCGGAUUUUUUAGCCGAGGACCCGAAAAAGUACUGGAAAAACUGGAACCGUUGUACAACCAGGCAAUCCGUUACAUAAGCGGUUGUUUCAAAAGUAGCCCUAUUCCAUCACUGAUGGUGGAAAGUGGGCAGUUACCGUUUAAAUACAUCCUUACAAAAGCUCUUUCUAUCAAGACUAUCAGAUGGUUAUCGUUGAAUCGGAAUCAGGAAGUUCCUAUGGUUCAUCGUGCACAAAUGUUUUUAAACAGAAUCCAAGCCUCAAUACCUGCCAUCUGUCCUCGAUACGACCCAAGGUUGCAAAAAUGGAAUGCGUCCACUCCCAAAGUAGACCUGUCUCUGCUUUCCAAAAUAAAGGCUGGCACAAAUCCGUCCUAUGUACUGCCUCAUUUCUACCAUCUUGUCGAACGGAAAUACAAAGACGUCCCAAAAUUGUACACCGAUGGAUCAAAAACGCUCGAUGGGAGAGUAGGUUGUGGUAUUACGAGCGAGAACAUAAAUGUCUCACUUCCUCUGCCAUCGAUCUGCUCGGUCUUUAGCUCUGAAGCAUUCGCUCUACUGUCAGCUGCCCAAAAUUAUUGCCCAACUACACAAUCCGUGAUCUUCUCGGAUUCAGCCAGUGUCUUGAAAGGGGUUUCUGUGGGAAACAUCAAACAUCCAUGGAUAGUUACUCUGUCAGAAGUCGCCAUCCAGAAAGGUAUAACGCUGUGCUGGAUUCCCGGACACUCAAACAUUGCCGGAAAUGAACGAGCGGACCACCUUGCGGCAGCUGGUAGUCAACUCGAUCCCCAAAACCAAACGAUUCCCUCCCCUGACGCUCUGAAAUGGGUAAAACGACACAUCACAUUAGCAUGGUCCCAGACCUGGAACAUUAUAGCCCAGAAUAAAUUGAGAGAAGUAAAAAAUACUACUGAAGCAUGGAUCGACCGAGCGUCUAUUCGAGAAAGGCGAAUACUGACACGGCUUCGUAUAGGUCACACCCGGUUGACCCACGGAUACCUGAUGGCCAUGGAUGACCCUCCUAUGUGUUUUGCCUGCCAGGUCCAACUCAGCAUAAAACAUAUUCUUCUAAACUGCCCUUGCUACCAGCAAGCUAGGAUCGAGUCCGGUCUUGGGAACAGUCUUAGACAGAUCCUAUCCAACUGUCCCAUCGAAGAGAAGAAAAUUAUACUGUUUCUUCAAAAAAGUAAUUUAAUGGACCAAAUAUAA